AAUCCAACAGACUAAAGUUCGAAGGCCUAGCAGUCGAUACCUAAUCAGAGAUUUUUCAAAAAUAUUUUCCCCAACGUGCAUAAACAAAUGUGUCAAUGAAGACACCGGACACCAAAGCCAAGUUGCUGAAUAAUAUUAGUCUAUCUAAACAUCUGUCUUCCAAGAAAGGCGGCUCUCGCACUAGUAACUGCGGCAAUUGUCUGGAAUUCUCCGUGCUAACGCGUCUCUCCAGUGUGCCCUGAAUCCCCCAGAUCAUCCAAGCUCACCCAAGCUC